CCAAAUCCAUAUAUUCGCGUGUGUUUUCUUAAGAUUAACAACAAAUUGAUCAUCGUUUAAUUUCUAUUUUGUGGAUUGACAGACGACAAGGCAUAGUGUUGAAGGAAUUAAAUUUUCUUAAAUUUGUUUCUUUUUGUUCGAAUUAAAAGAUGGGAUCAUCAUCGGUAAUAACCCCAGAAGAUGUGUUGGAGUCAUUGAUGAAUGAUGGAACCAUUGAUGCUCUCAGGCUGAAGAUUAUCAAUCAGCUUAAAGCCAAUGAGGAGUUGAAGAAUACAACAAUUAAAAUGGCAGAGCAGAGUAAGGUCCUAAACACCCCUGGUGCAGAGAAACAGACGAAAAGAGAAUUGUUUGAUGCUCUUAGGCAGGAACUUGAGACCCCAGUUCUUGAGAGGGCCUCAAAAUCAGUUUGGGAGUUGAUUCUGGACGGAAAUGGUUUGGGGAAGGAAAUAAGUGAAACGGUGGAGAGAGUCUAUUGUAAACUAAGUGGCAGGGAGCCUCCACUUUUUCCUAAUUUGAAUGAACAUCAGCCUGAAAAGAAAGUCGAGGAUGAGAAAAGAAAAGGGAAAGAAAAGGAGAAUUCAAACUCCAAAUUAAAGAAACGGAGUUUCAGUGACAUGAAUGCCGAGGGAAGUGCUUCUGAAGUUGACAAAAGUAGUGAUACUGCAGCUGCACCCGAUGAUGCCUCGUAAUGUCCUUGCCUAGUGUGAAGAUACACUGUUGAGUCAGCAAACACCAGUGUUGCAGAUCUGGUGAUCUUUUGACCAGAAAAGAUCCCAACACUGUUGAGUUUUGCCUAGAACAGACUGCAGGUGUUUGGUUGUAGUAUGAACCAUUAGAAUUAUUAUGACCCCAAGUUGCAUUUCCUGCAGCCUCAUUUCUUCUGGCUUUGCUAAUUUUCGAAGUAGAUGAUAGGAUAACUGUUUUUCUUAGUACCUUACAAAUUCCGACUCUUGCAAAAUAGAUUUGAUAGUUUAUGUUAUAUAUAGAAACAUGUGUUUCCUUUUGAUGUGCA